CUGGAGCGUCAUGAGUUAAAACAAUUGGUAGUCGGAAUACUUCCCCUCCCUCGUAGAAGCCAUUUUAAACACCAAGGGUGGGUUGGCUGUGGACAUAACGGAAAAAUAUCAAGCUAUUGAUAACGCGGCGGCGUUUGGAUCGUCUUAGGAAAAGAAAACGCAGGUCCACAUUCUCCAGCAUGGAUAUCUUCAAGAGUCACAGUGGAGCGAAAGACAAUCCCUUGAUGCAGUAUGUGUUGAAUCAUUCAAUGAGGGAGCACCCAGCCCUUAAAAAGCUGAGAUUGAAAACACUUGAAGAUCCCUGGAACUUCAUCAUGGUCGCUUGUGAGGAAGCACAGCUCAUGGCCAACCUUGCAAAACUGAUCCAGGCCAAGAAAGCCAUCGAGAUUGGAGUGUACACUGGGUACAACGCUCUGAGCCUGGCACUGGCUCUGCCAGAGGAUGGCCGUGUUGUGGCCUGCGAUGUAAAUGAAAAUUACACGAAUACCGGGAAGCCUUUCUGGAAAGAGGCUGGAGUUGAGCAUAAAAUAGAUCUUCGCAUACAGCCAGCCCUGAAAACCCUUGAUGAUCUCCUCGCAGCGGGUGAGGCAGAGACCUUUGACUUUGUCUUCAUUGACGCUGACAAACAGAACUAUGACAACUACUAUGAAAAGUCCCUUCAGCUGGUGAGGAAAGGAGGAAUUAUAGCCAUCGAUAAUGUUCUCUGGAGUGGUAAGGUUGUCAACCCAGCGGAGGGCGAUUUGGACACCCAGAGCAUUGACAAGCUGAAUAAGAAGUUGCACAGAGACGUCAGGGUCAAUUUGAGCAUGCUCACUGUAGGAGAUGGUCUGACAUUAGCUUUUAAACUCUAACACAAUCAGCAGAAGUUAAAAAACAAACAUAUAUCUAAUGUGGUGAUCGUCAGGUAGCACUUAGUGCCAUUAGGGUGUAAUUAUAAAGGAUGGCUUUUCAAAUACACAAAUUGCAAUUGGUAUUAGAAUUGAUUACAAUAGGAAUAGCUGUUUUUACUCUUCAGGGACCAAAUCAUGAGUGGAAGUGUACUAUUAUUUGCUCCCUACAUAAAAGUAAUAUCCACUUGCAAACGUUUUGUGAAGUACCUGUGUACAGAGAUGUAAUUAAACAUGUCCAUCAUGACCAAGGUAUAUGAAUCCUUAUAAGUUAUGUAGUCAAUUUCAGAGAAGGCAUCAGAGCAGCUCAGUACUUGCAGGAAGUAUCUAUUAAGCUUCUGUGUAUCCCUAAGAAAUAAAACACCAGCAUUAAGUCCAUAAGAUCAUUAAACUCAAAGUUGUAAAAUGGUGCAUGGUAUUUUAACAAUGAUGAUGAGGUCUCAACUGCUGUGUACGGAAUGAGUCAGGGGAAUACUGAAAAUGAGUAUCACUAAUAUAAGCCCACCAUGUAGGCCUUUGAAUGAUACUUGAUUUUUUUAAUUGAAGGUGUUGUGUUUAUUUUGAAUAAUGUUGCUGAUACUUUAACAGAUGCAGUGGAGUAUAUUUUUGU